AUGUCUUCACAGAAACCCUCAACAACUUAUUUCUCGAAUGGCCGGGCCCUUUCAAAGGUGCCAUUCACGGUUCGUCUCACUCGCUUCUUCGAGGGCGUCUACGUCUUUCUCGGAUUAUAUUUCGUGAGCCUGUUCUCGCUUGACCCAUACGUCGCUGCCCGGAGCUCCCAGUUCAAUAUCCAUCGAUCGAAGACCUCAAAUCGUUCCGCUGGUGGUGGAAGCUCUAGCUCUUAUGGCCCUGGAGGGGGUGGUGGUGGCGGCGGCGGCGGUCCGGGUGGUCCAGGAAGACGCAUUGGACGGGUGGAUGAUGUCCGAGGACCGGAAUGUCGCAGCUGUCAAUGA